AUGCACGUUGGGCAGAAUAUCCUCACUCAGAAGUUGAAAGCCACCCUAGACCAACGUCGUCGGGAUGGUCGACUCCUUGUUCCUCCCGUGCCAGUAACUCUAGCUGACACCAUCGAUUUCGGAUCCAAUGACACCUUGAACCUGUCAGGGUCGGGGCUGCUGUCCGCGGCCUUUUUGCGGGAGCUGGAACGACAUCCCGGGUUCACCAUCGGCAGCACCUCCGCUCGGGCGUUCGAAGGCACCAGGAAAUAUCUGAUCGAUCUAGAAGAUGACCUGGCCAAGUUCCACGGUGCCGAAGCAGGCGUUUUUGUCAACUCUGGUUUCGACGGAAACGUGGCGAUCUGGUCUGCAAUCCCCCAGCCAGGUGACUUCAUCGUCUACGACGAGUUGGCCCACGCCAGUAUCCACGACGGCAUGCGCAUGGGCCGUGCGACCUGUCUUCCAUUCCGUCACAACGACCCCGAGGCACUGAAAGCGCGUCUCGAAGAGAUUCGUGAUAACAACGCCAGCGUGGCUUCAGGGGAAAGCCUUGUGUUUAUAUCGGUGGAGUCGUUCUACAGUAUGGAUGGGGACGCGGCCCCGAUCCAUGGGAUUGUAGCCGCCGCCCGCGAGGCGCUUCCGAGUGGCAACUAUCUGUGUGCUAUCGACGAAGCCCACUCCAACGGAUUGGUCGGACCAAAUGGAUCAGGGUUUGUGUGUCAUUUCGGUCUGGAGAAGGAAUUCCCCAUUCGACUGAACACCUGCGGCAAGGCUUUGGGAUCGACAGGGGCCAUCAUUCUCUGCAACGAGACCAUCAAAAGCGCGCUGAUCAACUAUGCACGCAACAUGGUCUUCAGCACGGCGCCCAGCUUCCUCUGCGCGGCAGGGGUCCGUGCGGGUUACGAAUUGGCGGCCAGCGCCGAGGGCGAAAAGCGCCGACAACUCGUGCAGCAAAAAGUACGGUAUUUCUACCGUCUUCUGACUGACAAUCCGAAGUGGCGACAGGCCAGUCGCUGUGGCAUUGUCCGCCUCCCGACGGAGAAAACCUGGGCCACUCGACCUUUGCAGUCGCCCAUCAUCGCGCUCAUCGCACCGAUGGUGGAGGCCGAUAGUCUGGCGGAGCAUCUGCGCAUGGGCAAGUACUGGGUGAACGUGGUGCAUUUCCCCACCGUCCCAAGGGGGAUGGAUCGCGUGCGGAUGGUGAUUCACGCGCACAACACCAAGGAGGAGAUAGAGGCUGUGGUGGGUCGCAUCUUGGGGUGGGCGACAGAGAAGAUGGAGUCGCAGAGCCUGCGAGUGGGACUGUAGCGUGUUUGUCAGAUUGCAGAGAAGAAAGAGAACAGAUUGAAGAAAGAUCAAGAAAGAGGAGAAAAGAAACGAAAAGGAGCGAGAGGGGAAGUCAGGUGGUCUCCCGAUUUGGCCAAUGUUUGUCCAAUUUGACGAAUUUGAUUGAUUUGAUUAAUUUGAC